GGAAGCCCCAUGGGAUUUUUCCUGAUUUCUCAUCUCGCUCAAAUCAAUUUUACCCGUUUGCCAGGUGCUCUAGGGUGCCCUUUGUUGGCGAUCUCUUUUCCUUCGGCCCACUCCCAACUUUCCGAACCAACUAUUCUUGAAGGAUUGAUCAUUUCUGUAUCAGCCUUCCACACAUCAGUCUCCCUCCUUAAUAGUCCUUCUCUUCGCUAGUCAACCUGACUAUAUAUUUGACGCAAGCCGUAGCCUACCUUCCUUAGCCAAAGCUUACAUCUUUCUCUACCUGGACAGUUGAAUAAGAUCAAAGUCGAAAGCUUGCCUCCAUCGAUACCAAAGGACAAUGCGCUGCCUGUCUGGUAUCAUCGCAAUCACCCUGGUCUCUAUCUCUGGAACGCAUGCGUCGCUUGAGGCCCCCUCCUUCGACGUGCACAAUAUCCAACAGUUGACGGAGGCAGCGUGCGCGGCAAUGGAAAAUCUGAUGUCCUACUUCACCCCUAAUUCUAGGGGAACUUUCAACGAGACUGUCACUCCAUGGCACGAAUCGGGCAUGAUCUGGGGCUUGAAUUUUGACUACGCCAGGUGGACUGGAGAUACUAAAUACUUGGACAUCGUAACCCAAGCCUUGGUCAAUCAAUCAAAUGGUGAUGUACAUGAUUUUCUCGCCCCUGGGGCCAAAGAACAGUGGAACGAUGACAUUUUGUGGCCCAGUCAGGCAGCUGUCGCUGCUGCCGAAUUUUAUGGUCCGGGUGCCACGCUACCUAACAGUACCGUAACCUGGAUAAGCCUUGCCGAUAAGACCUAUCAAGGAGCCGCAUCCCAGAAGGAUGACAAGUGCGGAGGAGGGAUCUACUGGUACCGAGACAGAUCAGUCCCCCGAGGAGCCUACAAGGCCUUGAUCACUCACUCAGAGUUUAUCUCACAAGGGGCUCGGAACUACAUGAUCACCAAAGAUCCUGAAACACUCGAAAAGGCCAAAUGUAUCCUCGAAUGGGUGAUAUCCUCAGGCCUAGCGAAUCCUAAGACUGGAUUGUUGAUGGAUGGAAUGUCGAUAAAAAACUGCACAGAUUUCACCACCUACCAAUGGAGCUAUAACUAUGGACAGUGGCUAGGCUCACUCGCUUGGAUGCACAGAGCAACGGGAGAUCAAAAAUACCUCGACAUGGCCACCCCAUAUUUUGAUUACUCUCAGCGAACCUUUGCCGCUUCCAACACCUCGGGCAUCAUCUCAGAGCUCUGCGAGCAUAAUGCAGCAUGCAGCCGUGACCAGAAGGGCUUCAAGGCAGUCUACGUGCGAAAUCUCGCAUACCUCCACCGGGAGACUAACAACAGCACGAUGAAACAAGCUAUCGAAAAAGUCAUCGACACCACCGUUCAAGCCAUGGCCACCCGUUUGUGUGAUAAGGAUUGGAACUGCGCUGGGAAUUGGACAACCGAUACCCAUCCCAUCAAAUUCGUACGCGCGCAACAUGUCAGUGCGGCUUUGUUGGUAGCAGCUGUAGGUAUUCACGGAGGGAAUGGCCUCGACACAAACAUACGCGACGAACACGCUCAUGUUAAGGCUGGAAAGGCUAUGUAAUAACACCGAAAAAAAAAACAUCAGUCACCUUUCACGUCGAGGGUUUCGGCCCAACAUCACGAUUUCUUCAUCUCCUAUGCCCCAAGUGAUGUCAAUCGUUCCCUCGUAGCUCCUCGCACACUUUGUCAACCCCCUGCUAGAGCAUACUUUUCUCAUCCAAACGACCGAUCUUUAUGAAACGGUUUGACUCGCAUAACAAAAAUAGAUUUGUCGAGACUAGCCUUCUAUAGACUAACAGUAAUAACUGGAUGACUUCCCGUCGCGGUUUACAACCCUCCCAGAAUUUGAUUUACACCCCCAAGAUCUUAAUUUUUGAUAAAAAACAGUAUUUUUUCAUAAGCCUUGGGAAGAUAGCUCUCAUGUGAGCUGGGUGGAAUUAUGAUUGAGGUGUAAAUUUAGGACUGGGGAGUGCUUAAAAAGCACUCUAAAUGGCGACGGGAAGUCCUCCACUAUCGUUACAUUAUCCUUGGAAACACUUAGAAGUCUCUUCAGUUCGGUUUUUUUGUAGUAGUGGUUUUUUAUUCGAUGCUGUAAUGUUUUGAUUUACAUCAAGCGAGGCUAGCUUUCUGCCGCCUAACCCAGUCAGCUUAAUUUAUUUCAAGGCCUCUCCUUAGUUUUUG